AUGUCUUGCAACUAGCCCAAAAAAUGCGAUAAACGGCAAGCUGAAACGCAACGUUCGUCACUACAUGGCACGACUUUCGGUGCCAAUACUCCCACAACGUGUUUGUCAUCGGGGUCUGGCCACUUUAACCAAUCGACAGAGGCAGUGAUCGAAACCAUGCCGUUGUUCCAGCCAUUGGUUCUUCAAGAUGCGCCUAAAUCGGAUCGUCUGCCCUGGCGUGUUUUAAUGCUUCCAUUGACAUUGACUUUCCUGUGCUCAGUGAUCAUAUCCGUACUUCUCAUCCAGAUCCAAGACAACAUAUUUUAUGAGCGUCGGACGGUGGCUCCCAGUGAUUGGGAUCAAUUCGACGCUCAACUGGAACAUCUCAAUUUGAGUUCAAUUGCAUCGCGUCAAGAGAUCCGUGCCCUUCACGACACCAGGCUGGAUGCUGUCAAAAACGUGACAAAUUAUCGAAUAGAUGGCAUCCUCCAGUCUCUGGACAGCAUCUUCAAGAAACUGGAACGAUUCAAGAAAAGAUCAUUUACUGACCGUAUCCAGACAUUGCAAGAAGACGUUGAUCAGCGCAUUUCUCAAGUGAAAGCAACGCUAAGCGAGAGGAUGAGUCAGAUGAACCUCCACUUGAAUUAUCAAUCCCAUCUGAUUGUUCAACUCCAAGAAAUGAUAUUGCAACAAAACGAUUUCAACUCCGAUUUCCACAGAGCUUUGACGAAUGCCACCUUGGUCCAUCUGUCAUGGGAGGAGAAACUGGUAAACGUCUCCACAGCUAUGACAGACUUUCAAGCUAAGGUCAAUCGGGAGAUGUCAGAUCCACGGAUAGAGCUGAUCUCAAUGAUUCAAAAAACUUGUCGAGAAACUGUGAAUGAAAGUAGGCAAGACAUUCUUGAUGAGUUUGAAUCUAAAAUGGUCGAGCUAGCGUCCAAUCUGACACUUGACUUGAAGAACGUACCCCUGACUCGCAUAUUGAAACAAAAUAUCGACUCUGGCGUUGAUCUUCAGCUUGUUCAAUCAGUCUUGUCCCAAUGCUUGAACACUUCUGAUGGGAUCGAUGCGGUGAUGAAAGACACCUUGAGGGACCUUCGACGUCAUAUGAAUGCCACGGACGGUAUGGUGUCCGAUUUGCACUUGGAACAAGAUCAGAUCCACGACGAGCUAGAGUCUCUACGUGAAGAAGUGCAGUCUAUUAAUCAGACCCUGGUCCAGCCUUUGAAAGGCCAUGUAAAGAACUUUAAACGGAUGGAGAUACUCGACGAGGUCCGUUUGAAUUUUUUCACGCUUAAUGGAACCGAGUACUACGUGGUCAAAAAGAAGGAGACCUUUUCUACAGCCAAAGACAGAUGUGCUCAAUUGAAUGGGCAACUAGCUGAGUUCCAAUCCCAAGAGGAGCUCCAAAAGAUCACAGACAAGACCCUGGAGAUUGGACUGCAAUCAUGGUGGUUGGGGCUGUCGGAUUUUGCCACAGAGAAUGAAUGGCGUUGGGCGACCAGUCGUCGAAGUCUGGAUUUCGACGCUUGGGGCCCGGGUGAACCCAACAAUGCCAACUUUCAUGAGGAUUGCGCGGAAGUGUGGGAAACCUAUUUGAAUGACGCCCAUUGCGAUUCCUUGCGUCAAUAUGUAUGUCAAUUUCCUCAAUGAGAUGCAGACGAGCCACCACCUACGAGGUUGAGUGUGACCCACUAUGAACUUGCGAGGGCUAUACAAAGAGGGGGAAGUGUAUUAUGUCGAUGUUAAAUAAGUAUUAGAAUAUAGAUUGAUUAUCGC